CCCCCUCUCGUGAUUGCUGUUUACUGGGCCGGGUUCUGGGAAAGCGCCAGAUUGCAUCAGACAGGGCCUGAGGAGGACACGUGGCCUUAUAAGUUGGGGCCGGUGAACAGGGAGGUGUCGGGAAACCAGACACAAACAAAGCUUUUGAAGACGACAGAGAGAGAGAGAGAGAGAGAGACGGCGAGAGAGAGUCAGAUACAAUGGCCUCCUUGCCGAGAGCAGCCAGCCCGGCCCGGCAGCCCCCAGGCCCAGAGGACGAGGACCCCAGCCUGGAUGAGUACGACCUCUGUAGCCUGGCUCAUUCCUACCUGGGGCCUCUCCUCGGAUGUACCAUGCCUCCGUUCGCCUCACCUCAGCCUCUUGCCUGGUUCCCAGGAGGGGGAGGCCGGAAAGGUCGCACCAAGAGAGAAGCUGCCGCCAACACCAACCGUCCCAGCCCUGGUGGCCAUGAGAGGAAGCUGGUGACCAAGCUCCAGAACACGGAGCGGAAAAAGCGAGGGGCACGGUCCUGAGGCGGAGCUGGAAAUGAGGCCAGAGCCUCCGACACCACCCGGCGACGGAGGCAGGACCACGGAGAAUCGGAGAAUCGGCACCUGAGGGCAAGGCCCAGGCCUGCUUCCCCCUACUUCUCUCCCCAGGACUCACCCUACCUGACUGAGGCUCUGAGGGGCCACCAAGGAAGUGCCCCCAGCCCCAGCAAAAGGACAAGAUAGGGAGUAAGAGGCAGGGAAUGGAGAGGCACAGUCGCAAAAAAAAAAAAAAAAAGCCCCUAAAAAGAAAGACAGCUAAGAAAUUGGACCUCCCUCAGGGUGGGAAGGACAAUAAACAAAGUACAGCUGCAGCUUAUGUGUGGGAUUUGUCCCCUCUCUACGUGGUGGUGGGUGUCCGCGUUUCUGCCCGCGCAUGCCUGUGUUUGCGCCAGCCCCAGGUAGCCGGUUUCGUCAGCGUCUGUGUUUGGUUGUGUGCCUGGGAGAGGGUGUACCUGAUUUUGCCUGGACGGGUAGAGGCCAGCGUGUUAUUUUGGCGCGCAUAUGUUCUGGAGACCGUGUCUCCGUGGUUUCUUAGGAAAUGCAAGAAAAAUUCCUGUUUCUUUGUCAUGCUGCCUGGGAAACAAGCCCCCCCCCCCCCCGGCUCCUCUCCAUUUCUAGAAAAAACAAUCUUAUUGAUCAUAUCAUUUUCAUAUAAAACCACCUUCUGGGGGCGACUGGGUGGCUCAAUCAGUUAAGCUUCCGACUCUUGAUCUCGGCUCAGGUCUCCCUCCCAGGAUCGUGAGUUCGAGCCCCUCGUUGGGGCCACACCCAGCGUGGAGCCUGCUUACAAAUAAGAUAAAAUAAAAAAUAUA